AUGAGUUUCAAACUAAACACCUUAGCUGACAGGCAGAGCAACGCCGCCACGAUCGUGGAUCAAGAACGCGGAGAAUACUUCCCUGACCACAGCAACAGCAACAGCAACAGCAACAACAUCGGUAACAACAACACUGGCUCGUUGACGUGUGCGAAAAUCGAUUCUGAAAUGGGAUCCGAACCAGGAAAUAAUCACCAGCGGGAAAGUGACGAAGCCGGUUGUUCGUACUUGAACGUGGAGUUUUUAAAUUAUCUGGAUGGCAAUAUGGACUGCGAUUUCAGUGAUCAAACCGAAGAUCCGAUCGGAGGUGCUCAGCAAGUGGACUACGAGCUGGAUCAGGAGAAAUCGGGUGAUUCAUUGUUCGUCGGUGAAGAAGUUGCUGGUGGUACGUUUUCACAAGAGAAACUUCCAGAAGGGCUGUACGGUUGCUGGCUGCUUGUUGCUGUUCGGGAUUUUAAGGGACAUUCAUCUGGACGGGAAAUUGGCAAGUGGGGCGUUGCAGGAAACACGCCUAGUGAAUUUCUUCACCAGUGCUGGUUGAUGUCCCAGCGAUUUCUGAAGCGGGAAGUGAUAUUCAGGUGCAAUGAAAGCGGCGAAGCUGUACCUGUGUGGGGUGAGGAAAACCCCCAGGAAAUGGAUUUCGCACGAUUUGCUUUGUUCAACGAUAAGGCUAACCACAGAUACUAUCCCGUUGACAAGGUAACAGCUAACAUUUUGAAUCACUGGAAGAAGAAGGACAUUCACGUCCUUCUGCACGUUUAUUCACUUUCCGUAAGUAACAGAGCUGUCUUCAAAACGGUUAAAGAUUCACUACUGGAACCAGAAUCUAGGGACAGGGCUGGUGCUGCAUCGAACAGAAUGGUUGAUGAUCUUGCAAAAAAACUGCGUGAUAAGCAUGGAAGCUGCUGUCAAGCUCAAGACAUUGCUUGGAUGAUGUGGGCCAAUUCGAUUUUUGCUGCUGAUCCUUGUCAACGAGAUAGUUUGAUCGACGAGGCACCUCCAGCACACUUAAUUAAACUAUUUUCUACCAGAGAACAACCCGCAAUCCGAUCGAUAAAACGGAGUUUUGCCAUGGCUCAUAGCGUGAAUGCAGGUUACCACGAUGAAGUUGUCGUCAUCCGCAAAACGUUCUGUGAAUUGGAGGGAAUCGUUCAAACUUUGACGACUAAAAUGGAGCAACUAAAUCGAUCGAUCGAAGCAUUGGAGAUACGUGAUACUAUGGGUGAAUCAUUUAUUUCUGCAGCAGAGGAAACGGUUCGAACUGAGGAGACAAGCUUUUCUGAUCAACUAGCAGCUCGAGUUCAUCACAUCAAUGCUGAGCCGGGACCAUUUUUAAGAUCUUGUUUUACCCCUCCGGUAGUGAAAGCCCCGUGUGAAGCGGAAUCGCUUCAAGUACAGACCAAACCAUUCCCGUCCGAUUCCGUCCGCGUGGACAACGGCGGUGAUGAUGACGACGAGACCGCCGAGGACAGCGACGACGGUGUGGCGGCUAAAUUGAUGGAUACUUCAUUGUGA